AUGUGGAUUUUACUUGCUGGUUUAAUAGUUUGGGCAGCACUGAGUUCAACAGUUGCAACUCACUCAGCAAAGCGACCACCGCUGCUUAGCCGCUUCCAAAAUAACCCAUCCAAUCAACAACCGCCAGCAAUGAAGAAAAAGUCAAGCAUGAAAGCCAGAUCAAAGGCGGUGAUAGAGGAGGGUAAAACCAAUAAAGUGGCAGUGAUGACGAUUGUGGACAUGUUCGCUGCUGGAAUAGACACAUCAUCAGCGACUAUCAUUUGGGCAAUGGCGGAAAUGAUGAGAAACCAAAGAAAGGACCCUGAGAGCUUCAUACCAGAAAGAUUUGAGAAUAGUUCCAUCAACUUCACUGGCAAUGAUUAUGAGUUCAUUCCAUUUGGGGCGGGAAGGAGAAUGUGCCCUGGGAUUACUUUUGGAACUAAUUCAGUUGAGUCUACCCUAGUUAAUUUAUUGCAUCAUUUCGAGUGGCAACUUCCAAAUGGAAUGGAACCUCAAGAUAUCAUCAACAUGGAGGAGUCUGAUGGUAUUACUACAACACUGAAAGCACCAUUGUAG